AUGAUGGGCGAGGAUCCAGAAACAUUCACUCAGAAAGAUGUGGAUCGCGCCAUUGAAUAUUUAUUUCCUAGUGGUAUUUACGAUCCAGCUGCGAGACCAUUAAUGAAGCCACCAGAAGAAGUAUUCCCGAAUCGUAAGGCCGCAGAGUUCGAUGAAGCCGGACGUCCGCAUCAUUUUCUAUUUUACACAGGGAAACCAAAUUUUUUCAAAUUAUUACAUGAUGCAGCUGAAACCAUACAGACUCUGUAUAAGUUCGAAGACAAGGUGAUAAGAAAGAAAGAAAUCCCUGAUCCAAAUGCUGAACUCGAAUUAUUAGCAAGUGUUUGGAUUACAAGAGAAGAAUUGGAACAGUCUUUGGUAGAGAAAAUAACCGACUUAGAAUAUGAUAACUUUAAAUUAGUUAUGGAAAGAAUAGUUUCAUUACCAUACUCUUAUAGAUGCAAAGAGUUCAUUGAAAAGUACAGAAAACCACUUGCUUCUCAAAGGUUUGCAUUAGAGAUUCCAAAACCGAGUUAUGAUCAAGAUGGACGCGCUUUUAUAACAACAUAUGAAUGUUUACGUAAAAAAGCCAGAGGCGAUGUAACAAUUAGAUCACCUGGUACAGGCAAGAUAACAAUAAAUGGUAAAGAUUUGACCUACUUCCAAGAUGUACAGUCAAGAGAACAAGUCCUUUUUCCCUUGAUAUUUAGUGAGAUGUUAGGAAAGGUUGAUGUUGAAUGUAAUAUUGAAGGAGGCGGACCUUCAGGACAGUCGGGAGCUAUAAGAUGGGGUAUAGCUUGGGGAUUACGUAGCUUUGUUGAUAAGAAUAUGCUUGAAGCUAUGCAAGUAGCCGGUCUACUAACAAGAGACCAUAGACGUCGUGAACGUAAGAAGCCAGGACAGCCGGGAGCAAGGAAGAAGCCCACUUGGAAAAAGAGAUAG